AAACGGGAUAGUCGGCCCACAGAAUUAGCGGACACGCCAGUGCUGUCGUUUAUGGUGAUUCAUUUCAGUCAUCAUGUAACAUAAAACGAGCAAGCAAGUGAUUACGCGUCCAUGGAGAAACCCAAAGAAGCCAUUGCCAUGGCUUCGUCAUCUUACUCGCGUCUCACUCCACCUGAGGUCCCAGUGGAGCUCCACGUCAACAACCGAAAAAAGCUCGUGAAUUCUCUUCGCCACCACCUUUCCCUUUCCUCUCGUCCUCUCCAUGGCUUCGUCUUUCUCCAAGGAGGAGAUGAGCAAACACGCUAUGACACUGACCACAUCGAACUUUUCAGACAGGAGAGUUACUUCGCUUAUUUGUUUGGAGUGAGGGAGCCUGGUUUCUAUGGAGCUAUAGACAUUGCAUCUGGGAAUUCUAUUCUAUUUGCUCCUAGGUUACCUCCUGAUUAUGCUGUUUGGAUGGGGGAGAUAAAGACAUUAUCCUACUUCAAGGAAAGAUAUAUGGUUAGCAUGGUAUGUUAUACUGAUGAGAUUUUUGGAGUUAUACAUGAUCAGUACCAGGGAUCUGGAAAACCAUUAUUGUUUCUUCUACAUGGGUUGAAUACAGAUAGCGAUAAAUUCUCCAAACCUGCAGAGUUUCAGGGGAUGGAUAAGUUUGAAACUGAUUUAACUACCUUGCAUCCUAUUUUGACGGAAUGCCGUGUUAUAAAAUCGGACCUGGAGCUCUCUCUUAUCCAGUUUGCUAAUGAUAUAAGCUCUGAAGCUCAUGUUGAGGUUAUGAGAAAAGUUAGGGUGGGCAUGAAGGAGUACCAGUUGGAAAGCAUUUUUCUUCACCACACCUACAUGUAUGGUGGCUGUAGGCAUUGUUCAUACACAUGCAUUUGUGCUACUGGUGAAAAUGGUGCCGUUCUCCAUUAUGGUCAUGCAGCAGCUCCAAAUGACAGGACCUUGGAAAAUGGAGAUAUGGCUUUGCUUGAUAUGGGAGCUGAAUACCAUUUUUAUGGGUCUGACAUAACCUGCUCCUUCCCUGUUAAUGGGAAGUUUACAUCUGACCAAGCAAUUAUAUACAAUGCUGUCCUACAUGCUCACAAUGCUGUCAUAUCAACGAUGAAACCUGGAGUAUGUUGGGUUGAUAUGCACUUAUUAGCAGAAAAGACUAUUCUCCAGUCAUUAAGGAAAGCGGGCAUCAUUGUUGGCAAUGUGGAUGAUAUGAUGGUUGAGCGACUUGGUGCUGUUUUCAUGCCACAUGGUUUGGGGCAUUUCCUUGGUAUUGAUACUCAUGAUCCUGGAGGCUACUUAAAGGGAAAGGAAAGGCCAAAAGAACCUGGAUUGAGGUCAUUACGGACGGCAAGGGAACUCCAAGAGGGAAUGGUGAUAACGGUGGAGCCUGGUUGCUACUUCAUUGAUGCUUUGUUAGUUCCGGCCAUGGAAAGUUCAAAUACUGGAAGGUUUUUUAAUCAUGAAGUGAUUAACAAAUACAAAUCUUUUGGUGGGGUUCGAAUUGAAAGUGAUGUGCUUGUCACUGUGAAUGGUUGCAAGAACAUGACGAAGUGUCCUCGGGAAAUAUGGGAGAUUGAAGCCGUGAUGGCGGGGUCACCAUGGCCGCUCAAUGAGGUUACUAUUUCUUCAGAACAUGGUGGAGGAUAAAGCAAGUUUAGCAUAUCAGUUAAUGCGAGAAAGAUUUUAUUCUCCUCGAAAUUUCUGUUUGACAAUAGCAAAGAAUAAGAAUACUUUGUGCUAUUGAAAUCGGUGAUAAUAUAAAGUUGUAAUGAUGAGCAUGUUAUGGUUCAAGCCAUUGAAAUUUGAAAGUGACUUUUAACUUUUAUUUUCAUUUUUCUUAUUAUUAUUAUUAUUAUUAUUGUUAUUA